AGCAGUGUUGGUUUCUCUUCUUGACUUGAUGCAGGCACAGAUUUAUCAAGCUCCUCGGUCAACAAACACAUCACCGGAAGAAACAUGGAAGGAAAGGAAUUUUAAAAGGAAAUACCAAUCUCUGUGCAAACAAAGCCUUGUAUAUUCAUGUUUGCAUCAAUCUACUGUGAGAUUUAUGAAGAAAAACAAAUUGCGGACAACUCUCUAUGUACACUUACAAAUGCCUCAGUUGAUCCUUGUGGGCUGUUUGUCAGCGUUCUGUGAUAAUGAACACAUGGGCUUCUGUUUAUUAAAUUCAGUUGACCCCUUUAGCCAAUUGCCAGGAGCCUGGAUUUUUACUUCCAACUGCUGAUAUCUGUGUAAAAAUUGAUCUACAUCCACCCUUUAAAAGCAUUGAUGAAUUAAUUAGAACUUUAGACAACAAAGAAAAAUUGAAAAAGAAUUCUCAGUAAAAGAGAAUUCGAUGUUCAAAACAAACUACAAAGAGACAAGACUUUUCUGUUUACUUUCUAAGAACUAAUGUAAUUGCUACCUUAAAAAGGAAAAAAUGAACAGCACAUGUAUUGAAGAACAGCAUGACCUGGAUCACUAUUUGUUUCCCAUUGUUUACAUCUUUGUGAUUAUAGUCAGCAUUCCAGCCAAUAUUGGAUCUCUGUGUGUGUCUUUCCUGCAAGCAAAGAAGGAAAGUGAACUAGGAAUUUACCUCUUCAGUUUGUCACUGUCAGAUUUACUCUAUGCAUUAACUCUCCCUUUAUGGAUUGAUUAUACUUGGAAUAAAGACAACUGGACUUUCUCUCCUGCCUUGUGCAAAGGGAGUGCUUUUCUCAUGUACAUGAAUUUUUACAGCAGCACAGCAUUCCUCACCUGCAUUGCCGUUGAUCGGUAUUUGGCUGUUGUCUACCCUUUGAAGUUUUUUUUCCUAAGGACAAGAAGAUUUGCACUCAUGGUCAGCCUGUCCAUCUGGAUAUUGGAAACCAUCUUCAAUGCUGUCAUGUUGUGGGAAGAUGAAACAGUUGUUGAAUAUUGCGAUGCCGAAAAGUCUAAUUUUACUUUAUGCUAUGACAAAUACCCUUUAGAGAAAUGGCAAAUCAACCUCAACUUGUUCAGGACGUGUACAGGCUAUGCAAUACCUUUGGUCACCAUCCUGAUCUGCAACCGGAAAGUCUACCAAGCUGUGCGGCACAAUAAAGCCACGGAAAACAAGGAAAAGAAGAGAAUCAUAAAACUACUUGUCAGCAUCACAGUUACUUUUGUCUUAUGCUUUACUCCCUUUCAUGUGAUGUUGCUGAUUCGCUGCAUUUUAGAGCAUGCUGUGAACUUCGAAGACCACAGCAAGUCUGGGAAGCGAACUUACACAAUGUAUAGAAUCACGGUUGCAUUAACAAGUUUAAAUUGUGUUGCUGAUCCAAUUCUGUACUGUUUUGUAACCGAAACAGGAAGAUAUGAUAUGUGGAAUAUAUUAAAAUUCUGCACUGGGAGGUGUAAUACAUCACAAAGACAAAGAAAACGCAUACUUUCUGUGUCUACAAAAGAUACUAUGGAAUUAGAGGUCCUUGAGUAGAACCAAGGAUGUUUUGAAGGGAAGGGAAAUUUAAGUUAUGCAUUAUUAUAUCAUCAAGAUUACAUUUUGAAAAGGAAACCUAGCAUGUGAGGGGACUAAGUGUUCUCAGAGUGAUAUUUUAAUCCAGUCCAAUAAAAAUAUCUUAAAACUGCAUUGUACAGCUCCCUCCCUGCGUUUUAUUAAAUGAUGUAUAUUAAACAAAGAUCAAUAUUU